GUGAACGUUAACUAUUAAUAUAGUAUUGUCAUAUGUCUCUUUUAUUUUCGAAGCAAAAUUAUUCUACGCCACAUUCUAGUGAUCAGGAGCUUGUUAAACAACUUACCGACUUGAUACGACAAAAUGUUCCAUAUUCCAAAAGACUUGAUGUGUUAGGGAUAUUAUCCUACACUACAGACAAUGGAUGUGAAAAGUUUUUAAAGAUUGAUUCUUCCUUCUCAGUUACCAGUGCAGAAGCAUCCGAAAAUAUCGAAAAACUCCCGGAAUAUUCUACAUUAAAUUCCGUUAAGAUUUCUGACGACAGUAAUUCUACAAAAACUGAAGCCACUGACGAUUACUCACAGGAUGUUGAUGGUGAGCAACACAGCUCGACUCACUCUCCUGGUGCUUCACCUCCUUUAUUACCACCAUCAGUUAUCCAAGUGACUAGGGUUGGUCGAACAGAUGAGAAACUUGAUCCUAACCGUUCUGAAAAUGACUUAGAUACGCAACCUUCAGAUAGAACUCAGUUAACAGAGUGUGAUACAGACGACAAUGCUUAUCGCCGCUGCCGCAGGAAGUGUCGAAAUCCAAGACGACAAGUCUUUGACUCUGACUCACACGUUGGUGAUAGUGAUGUUGAAGAUGUCGGUACUGAUGUGGAAGAUUUAGUUCAGACAUCUGGAUCUAAAGAUGAUAUAGAUAUUGCUGCUAAAGUCCCUCGAAUGGAUUCACAGAUUACUAUUACUGUCUCUGAAUCUUGUAUAAAAGAAGUGCCGGCAGUUACAACUUCGAAUCCUGAUGUUGACAUGGUUUCUAUUUCUUUAAGUAGUGGCUUACAGGAUAAUAACACCUCACUCCCAGUUUUAGCUGCUUCUCCGACACCUGCCAGUGUUUCUUUUGUUCCUAUGCAUUAUUCUACCGUAAACAGGUAUUUAAGUCCACAAGUUACCUCUAGUGACAUCUCUGCGCUGGUGAAUAAUCAACUGAGUUCUGGGACAAAGUAUGCUAUUUCGGCAAAAUCUUUGGGUUUAGGAGAUAUUGGGGAUUUGUGCGGGAUUCUACCGAUAAAUACUCUCUUAGGUAAAACCCUUAUAUCUGGAAAUGAUACAAAUGUGUCGUCUAAACUGCUGUUCGCUAACAAUGUUGGCUCAGCAGUUUGUGCAAGUGGUUCAGAAACUACCAAUCACUCAGGGUUUUCGCAACAAACGACGCAAUGUAUUAGUCCUUCACCGGUCACAAAUCAGAACCUUAUGCUAAAUCCAAACUUAGCUGCUGCUGUUGCUGCCGCAAUUUCCAAUUCUUCAUUUUCACUGUCAAGUAGUGGUAAUCCAGUUGCUAAUAAUGGGUCAAAUCUAACUACAAGUAUACCUACAUUAAAUACUCCUUCAAUAGCCUUAACUGGGCCUUCUGGAGAGAUUCUUGGCACAAUACCGAUAGCUUCUGCCAACUCAUCCCAAAGUAUUAUUUCUUCUGCCCUAGGAAGUAAUCUCGUUCAGCCUUGUUCUAUAAAUAAUUCUCUAACAACAGUUAGUGUUACAUUGCCAGCUAAUCCGAUUACUGGACCUUCAACAGGUUUGGCAAACACACUGAACUGGUUACGUUGUGCCACAGCCCCAGUAGAUUCUGUUUCACACCAAGUCAUAAAUAAUUUUAAUCCAGGUGCUAAUGCGUCAUCAUUUUCCGUAACAUCGGGUAAUCCUGUUGCUCUUCUACAAUCUUUAGUCACGCAACAACAGCAGCAAGGAUUGCAAGCUCAGAUGCAAAAACAGCAGUCAUUGCAACCAGCAUUUUCUGUGGGACCUACUUUGGCCUUAAUUGGAACCUUAGGACUUAACUCCACAGUAACAUGUACUGUUACUGGACAACAUCCAUCAGAAGCAACACUCACAUCCAGUACUGGGUUGUCAACUCCUGUCUCAGCAGUGUUACCCAGCACGUUACAUAACAAUGUUCAGUCAGGUCCUGUUAAUAACAACGCAGCCUUAGUGGCUGCUGCCUUGUUGCGAAGUUUGACGAAUGUGAAGCAGUCAAACCAAGAAUUAACUGAUUCGAAUAACAUUGACACAAAUCCCUAUAAUCCACCAGCAUCACUAACCUUGAUCACAAACAACAUCCCUUCCUCUGUCAGUGUUGUCGCCUCAACAAAAGCAAAUAUAAUUGGUUUUGAUGAAGCAGGCCAUGGGAACAACAUACUGACUAGCAGAAUUGUUCAACCAACUCUUAACUUAAACGGUGUUAUUACUUCAAGUCAGGCGUCGAAUGUUUGUCAUACGGUUCCCACUCUAACACAAACGAUACCAACUCGCAAUUCCAUCAUGUUAUCGUACCCUCGUGGAGGAACAGAAAUGAAUCUCUUACUGACACCAGCAUCUGCGCAUGCAUUUGUUACAUCUCAUUUAACUCCUCUUACGGCUGUCCCAGCAGCAUUGUCAUUCCAAGGUUUACCUGCAUCACAGUCUACAAGUUUAACACUAACUUCACCUGUGUUACUUCAUACCCCAGUUACAUCCACAGUAAUUCAGACUUCAGGCGUUAUUUCUGAAACCACCACUACAACUAAUACGUAUAUGGUCCCGUGUACCACUCCAUUUGACCAAACGUCACGUAAAGCUGACAAAACUUUAACUUACGUCACAGAAAGCGGUUCAAAAAUAACGUCAAACGCCAGCCAAGCUCCAACUUCGAAUUCUGAUCCUACUACUUCUGCUAUAGAUAGAAUUCUGCAAACUAUAAAAGGAUGUAUGAGUGCUAAUGCAAAUCGAGAGUCAGACAGUAAACUAAAGAUACGCAAAAAUGAAAGUAACGGAACAUACCAAGCCAUUACGAGUGAUGAAGUUAGCAGUCAUCGUACUAAUGAUGCCAAAAGGGCAACUGGAACUAAAUUUCCUCCAACAAAUAAAAAUAAUUCAUCAUUAGAGAAUGAUUGUGUUUCUCGUUCAGCUUCUACAAACGAUCGGUUACCUCUCCCACCGCUACAGAAAAGUGCUGCAGAAUCAUCGGAAAGUUCUUCAUCGAUUCCUAUCAACAAGUUUUACCGGUGUAGAUACUGUGGGAAAACGUUUAACCGAAAGUUCUGUCGUGAACGACAUGAAAGACUUCAUACUGGUGUGAAACCGUAUUCCUGUGAACUUUGUGAUGAGAAAUUUAUUCGUCUUGAAGAUAAAAAGCGACAUGUUAGAUCACUGCAACAUUAUUUUUCUGGCAGAGGUUCUCUGAGAACUAGUGGAUUAGAUGAUCAAAUGGAUGGAAAUGCAGGUUUAGGUGUUGAACCCUCCAGUGUACUACCCCUGCUUGCACAAACACUUCAAGGAGGAACAAAUGUAGAGACUUCUGAAAAGGAAACUGACGAGCUGUGUAAUGGAACAGAUGAACAGAAUUUAAGUAGUCAUGUAAGUGAAAACGAAUCAGAAGGUGCUGCGGCAGCUGUGGAGUUCAGCAGUGAACAGUGUAAUCCGGAAGGAAAUGAGCAUUGUGAUAAUAAUACUAAAAGUACUUCUCAUUCGACAUUAUAUGAUGGAAGCCAUACUAUUCGAAAUGAGGAUACAGAAGAUAGAUUACGAGAGGUAAAAACUAAAUCAGAGCAACCAUCGGAUGAUCUCUUAACAAACCUCCGCCUAACAUCGAAAGUUCAAUUCAAUAAAACGAGAUGUCGGGCAGCUCUAAAAGAAACUCAAACAGCUGUAAAUUCAUCAAAUGAAAACUGCUGUGAAAUAAUUAAAAUACCUACUGUUGUUCUUUUUACUACUGAUGAUGCUACUGAUUCAAAGUCUAUGACAAAGUCAUAACUUUUUUGUAACAACGGCUUUUCACUGCCGCUUUAUGUAAGUAUCCCAAACUAAUCAUGUGUUCAAGUGAUUAUCUUAUAAUCUGUACAGAUGUAUAAAGUGUUUUCUAUCACUUCUUAUGUAAGUAUACUUACUUGUGCGUUUAAAUGACAUUAUUUUCACUAGAUAUUAUUUUAACAUGAAAUGCUAAUUUGUUGUACAAAAGAGAACUGUUUUUAGCUUUGUCUUAGUAAUUUAUUACAAUUUAAUUAUUUAAAAGCAUUCCAGAAUGCGAACAUUGCUGAUACUGUUCAGCCUACCACCGAACAUCUUUUAGUUUGUGUUGUCUUUUGGUCGAAUUUGUUUUGAAGUCAACAUCUCUAUGUAUGACAAUCAUAUAUUUAUCAAAAACCACUAUAUUUUAUUGUGUAUAUUUAAUUUCUGCUAUUUUAUGUGCUUAAAAUACUUAUUAA